UUAUACUCUUUCUCACACCGCCAUGAACUUCCGGUUCCAAAACCUCCUCGGAGCCCCAUACAGAGGCGGAAACGCCGUCGUAGUGAACAACACCCUUCUAAUCUCGGCGGUGGGUAACCGAAUCUCCGUGACCGACCUUCUCAAAUCCCAAACCCAAACCCUACCCUGCCAGACCUCCGCAAACAUCCACCGCAUCGCCGCCUCUCCCGACGGCCUCUUUCUCUUCGCCGUCGACGACAACAACCGCUGCCUCUUCAUCAAUCUCCACCACCGCGCCAUCCUCCACCGCAUCUCUUUCAAAAAAUCCGUGUACGCCGUCAAGUUUUCCCCCAAUGGCUCUUUCAUCGCAGUUGCCACCGGAAAACUACUCCAAAUAUGGCGCUCACCGGGAUUUAAAAAAGAAUUCUUCCCUUUCGAAUUGGUUCGCACAUUUGCUGACUUUAAUGAUAAGGUCACCGCUUUGGAUUGGAGUCCCGACUCGGAUUAUGUGCUCGCUGGAUCAAAAGACUUGACGACAAGAGUAUUUUUUUUGAAAAAAUUGAAAAAUUUUACUAAACCUUUCUUAUUUUUAGGUCAUAGGGAUAUAAUAGUGGGUGUAUUUUUCGGAAUUGAGAAGAAAAAUGAGAAUAAAGUUUCUAGGGUUUAUACAUUAUCCCGCGAUGGUGCAAUAUUUAGCUGGAGUUUUUCUUAUAGUGACACUGAUGAUAAAAUUGAUGAAUUAGGAGGUGAAAAAGGAGAUUCAGCACCACCCUCUCCAGGUACACCGGAGCAAAAGUCGAAUUUAAAAGAUAAUCAUAAUGAGAAGAAGAGGAAGAAUUUGGAUAGUGGUGAUGGUAAUUUUGAGGAAGAAGAGAGUGGGUACUUGUUGAAGGGAGGAAAAUGGGAAUUGAUAAAGAAGGACUAUUUUAUGCAGGCACCAGCAAAGAUGACGGCCUGUGAUUAUCACAGGGGACUUGAUAUGGUGGUUGUGGGGUUUUCGAAUGGGGUUUUUGGGCUAUAUCAAAUGCCAGAUUUUGUUUGCAUUCAUUUGAUGUCAAUAUCAAGAGAGAAGAUUACCACUGCAGUUUUUAAUGAUCUUGGAAAUUGGUUGACAUUUGGGUGCGCAAAGUUGGGGCAGUUGCUUGUGUGGGAGUGGAAGUCGGAGAGCUAUAUACUUAAGCAGCAGGGGCAUUACUUUGAUGUGAACUGUCUGGCGUAUUCACCAGAUUCACAGCUCUUGGCUACUGGAGCAGAUGAUAACAAAGUCAAGGUGUGGACUGUCUCAUCAGGCUUCUGUUUUGUGACAUUCUCUGAGCACACAAAUGCCAUCACUGCACUCCAUUUUAUGGCUAGCAACCAUUGUCUCUUGAGUGCAUCUCUGGAUGGGACAGUUCGUGCAUGGGAUCUGUUCCGCUAUAGAAACUUUAGGACAUUCACUACCCCUUCUUCUAAGCAAUUUGUUUCUUUAGCAUCAGAUCAGAGUGGUGAAGUGAUUUGUGCUGGAACUCUUGAUUCAUUUGAGGUAUUUGUUUGGUCGAUGAAGACAGGCCGGCUGUUGGAUGUUCUUAGCGGUCAUGAGGGUCCAGUUCACGGAUUAAUGUUUUCUCCUACAAAUGCGAUCUUAGCUUCAUCUUCAUGGGAUAAAACUGUUCGCUUGUGGGAUGUUUUUGAAGGAAAAGGUGCAGUUGAAACAUUUCCCCACAUACAUGAUGUUCUUGCAGUGGUUUAUCGUCCAGAUGGAAAGCAAUUGGCUUGCAGCACGUUAGAUGGGCAAAUCCAUUUUUGGGAUCCAAUUGAAGGGUUGUUGAUGUACUCAAUUGAGGGACGGCGAGACAUUGCUGGUGGCCGUCUCAUGACUGAUCGUAGAUCAGCUGCUAACUCAAGUUCUGGAAAGUGCUUCACGACCUUAUUUUAUUCUGCUGACGGGAGUUACAUAUUAGCUGGUGGAAGUAGUAAAUACAUUUGUAUGUAUGAUGUUGCAGAUCAGGUCUUGCUUCGCAGAUUUCAAAUAACCCAGAAUCUCUCUCUAGAUGGGGUUCUUGACUUUUUGAACUCCAAGAAUAUGACAGAAGCUGGUCCAUUGGAUUUAAUUGAUGACGAUAAUAGUGACACAGAGGAAGGUGUUGGUAAACAAACACGAGCAAAAUUGGCAUAUGAUCUGCCAGGAUCAAUGCUAAACCGCGGUAGACCUGUUAUUCGAACAAAAUGUCUAAGAAUCGCACCAACUGGGCGGAGUUGGGCCGCAGCAACAACUGAAGGAGUUCUAGUAUAUUCGAUAGAUGAGUCCUUUAUCUUUGAUCCCACUGAUCUUGACAUAGAUGUUACACCAGAGGCAGUUGAUGCAGCAUUGAGGGAAGAUCAACCAAACAGAGCUUUAAUCCUCAGCCUACGUUUAAACGAGGAUGCCCUGAUUAAAAAGUGCAUUAUUGCUGUCAGUCCACCAGACAUUCCAGCUGUUGCUUCAUCGAUCCCUUUCAAAUAUCUGCAGAGAUUAAUUGAGGGGUUUGCAGAUCUUCUGGAAAAUUGCCCACAUUUGGAGUUUAUUCUUCGAUGGUGUCAGGAGCUAUGCAAAGCUCAUGGUCACUCUAUUCAGCAGAAUUCCAGAAAUUUGCUUCCUGCUCUGAAAUCCUUGCAGAAGGUAAUUACCAGAUUACAUCAGGACUUGGCCGAAACCUGUUCUUCCAAUGAAUAUUUGCUUCGAUAUUUAUGCUCUACAAGCACCAAUACAUAA